GGGCGCUGGCGGAGGGCAGCGGCGGAGAGGGGGAAUGUGGUCCCGGGGUCAGGUGCUCGCGGCGGUGGGCACUGCCGCGCUCCUGCUCCUCCUCCUCUCGCUGCUGGUGAGGCAGCUGCUCAAGCAGAGGCGGCCGCCCGGUUUCCCGCCGGGGCCCCGGGGGCUGCCCCUCAUCGGCAACAUCUACUCGCUGGCCGCGGACCAACCGCAUGUCUAUAUGAAGAGGCAGAGCCAAGUCCAUGGCCAGAUUUUCAGUCUUGAUCUUGGAGGUAUAUCUGCUAUUGUACUGAAUGGUUAUGAUGCCGUAAAAGAAUGCCUGGUUCAUCAAAGUGAAGUUUUUGCAGACAGACCAUCUCUUCCUUUGUUCAAGAAGUUGACAAAUAUGGGAGGUUUAUUGAACUCCAGAUAUGGUAGAGGAUGGACAGAGCAUCGCAAGUUGGCUGUAAGCAGCUUUCGUUGUUUUGGAUAUGGUCAAAAGUCCUUUGAACACAAAAUUUCAGAAGAAUCCAUGUUUUUUCUUGAUGCCAUUGAUACAUACAAAGGCAGACCCUUUGAUCUUAAACACUUGAUAACAAAUGCAGUCUCAAACAUUACUAAUUUGAUUAUCUUUGGAGAACGUUUUACAUAUGAAGACACUGAAUUUCAGCACAUGAUAGAGAUUUUUAGUGAAAACAUUGAAUUAGUUGCUAGUGCUUCAGUGUUCUUGUAUAAUUCUUUUCCCUGGAUUGGCAUAUUACCCUUUGGAAAACAUCAACAACUGUUUAAGAAUGCAGCUGAAGUCUAUAACUUUUUGCUUGAACUUAUUGAGCGUGUUUCUAAAAACAGGAAGCCUCAGUCACCUCGACAUUUCAUUGAUGCAUAUCUAGAUGAAAUGGAUCGAAGUGAAAAUGAUCCAGAGUCUACAUAUUCAACCAAAAAUUUAAUUUUCUCUGUUGGAGAACUCAUCAUAGCUGGAACAGAAACCACAACUAAUGUUUUAAGAUGGGCAGUAUUGUUUAUGGCUCUUUAUCCGAACAUUCAAGGGCAAGUUCAUAAAGAAAUUGAUUUGGUUGUGGGUCCAAACAAAACACCUUCUUUAGAAGAGAAAUGCAAAAUGCCUUACACUGAAGCAGUUCUACAUGAAAUUUUAAGGUUCUGUAAUAUAGCUCCAUUAGGUAUUUUCCAUGCAACUUCUAAGGAUACAGUUGUGCGUGGUUAUUCUAUCCCUGAAGGCACUACAAUAAUUACAAACCUCUAUUCUGUACACUUCGAUGAAAAGUACUGGAGUAACCCAGAAGUGUUUUAUCCUGAACGGUUUUUGGACAGCAGUGGGCAGUUCAUCAAGAAAGAUGCAUUUGUUCCUUUUUCACUAGGAAGAAGACAUUGUCUUGGAGAACAACUGGCCAGGAUGGAAAUGUUUUUGUUUUUUACUUCAUUACUUCAGCGAUUUCACCUGCAUUUUCCACAUGCUUUGAUUCCCAAUCUGAAGCCAAAAUUAGGCAUGACAUUACAACCACAGCCAUAUCUCAUCUGUGCUGAAAGACGUUAAAGCAUAUGAGCCAAACUCUCAGCUGGUGUAAAUUGGAAUAGCUCCACUGAAUAAAUGGAGCUGCACCAACUUACAGCAGCUGAGUAUCUGGCCCCAUCUUUUAUUUAUAACUAUCUUGUUUGUAGUCUUGUCAAAAGAACAAGAAUUCUAAACACUCUCUGUUAAAGGACUUACACACAAAUUUUGUCUUAUUCAUAGGUUUUAGGUAUUUAAUGUAUUUGUAUGUAAUUUUCACAAAAAAGGCUUUAAUACUCUUCAUGUGUUUAAAGAUUCUGUUCUCACUUCAAAAAUCUAGAUCAGGUUCCAUUUCUCGUUUCAACUUUUCAAGAUUUCAUUGAAUUACCCUUGUGACAGGGUCAGGCUAGAUGGCUACAGGAGAGUGAUAGAAGGUAGAUAUAUUAGCCCCAGGUUAAGCAGAUCCCUUUACUCUGAGUAAGAUAAUGGGCUGUUCCAGAACAAUCAGGAAGUUUCUGGAACCAAUUGAGGCAGGCUAAUUAGGACACCUCGAGCCAAUAAAGAAGCUACCAGAAUCAAUUAGGACAGGCAGGCUAAUCAGGGCACCUGGUUUUAAAAAGGACCUCACUUCAGUUAGUGAGGUGCGUGCGAGGAGCUGGGAGCAAGAGGCGCAAGAAGCUAAGAGUGAGUAGGCGUACUGCUGGAGGACUGCGAAGAACAAGCGUUAACCAGACAUCAGGACAAAGGUCCUAUGGUGAGAAUAAAGAAGGUGUUGGGAGGAGGCCAUGGGGAUGUAGCCCAGGGAGUUGUAGCUGUCACCCAGCUGUUACAAGAGACACUGUACACAGUUGCAAUCCACAGGGCCUUGGGCUGGAACCCGGAGUAGAGGGCUGGCCCGGGUUCCCCCCAUCCCUCUUAACUCCCUAUUUGAGACAAGAGGAGGUGACCUGGACUGUGGGGAAGGUCCUUAGCCUAUCCCCUGACCCACUAGGUCGACCAGCAGAGACUGUGGGGAUUGUUUUACUCCCCUUUCCCCAUGCUGGCCAGUGAUGAGGUUAGCCGAGUGAACAGCAGGUUUGAGCCACUAGCAAAAGUGGCCAAACUGAGGGCUGCCGUGAAUCUCUGAGGCGAGCAAAUCCGCCAAUAAGCGCAGGACCUACCAAGGAAGAGGAGGAACUUUGUCACACCCUAUUUAAAGAUUAUUAAAAAAUUCAGCUACUGCCACACACAAUAUUUUCUAUUAUUCAUGAUAUUUAAAUAACGUUGAGAAAAAUAGUUUUUAAAGUUUUUAACAUAAGCGGAAAACUGUUUUUAGUUUGGGAGAAUGUUCUGAUAAAUUUGGAGAGCUUGGAUGAAACCUGUUGCAGUCAGAGUCCUCUCAUGAAAUCUCAAAUAAUAAAAAACUGCCCCAAACAAACUUAUUUUUAGAGUACUUCAUUAAAAAUAUAUUAACCCCAUUUUUCAUUAAAAACCCUUUUUGAAAUAUGUUGUAAUAAUUCCUAUCUAUAUAUUCUUCCUUGACAAAUCCCAUCUUGUCCACUUGUAUUCAUUCACAAUGCUGCUGCAAAGAUAAUUUUUCUGGCAUGACACGUCAAGUAUAUCACCCCUCUUUUUACAUCAUUCUGGUUAUUCCACGUUUGCCACUGCAUCAAAUAACAACUACAUGUCUUCACUUUUAAGGAACUUCAUAGCCUAUACCCACCCUAUCCAGCAUGCCUUAUAUGCUGUCAGAAUGUUGAAUCAUACCUCUGCUCUGACAGUUAUGGCAGCCCUCAUUGCCCAUUUGUUACAUUUUCAAACAAGCACCUUCUUGUGGCUCCCCAUGCCAUCCUAUCUACUGUUAAAAAUGUGUGACUUAUUUCUAGUUUAACCUGGCAUACCUUUAACUUCCAGCUAUUGGAUUUGUUAUACAUUUUUCUGCUAGACUGAAGAGCCCUCUAUUAUCAAUUUCUGCUCCUCAUGUAAAUAAGUACAUAUAUACUAUGAUCAAGUUGCCCCUAAAUUGUCAGUUUGGUAAGAUGGAGCUCCUUGAGUCUUUCACUGGAAAGUGGGGUGGUUUUUUUUCCAUUAUUUUAAUUCUUGUGGCUCUUCUCUGAACCCCUUCCAGUUUUUCAACAUCUUUCUUGAAUUGUGAACAUCAGAACUGGAUGCAAUAUUCCAGUAGUGAUAGAUCAGUGCCGAAUACAGAGUUAAUAUAAACUCUCUACUCCUACUCCAUAUUCUUCUGUUUAUACAUCCAAGAAUCACAUUAGCCCAGUAGUUCUUAGACUUUUUGCCAGCACAACCCCAUUUUAAUAAAUUAUUUUCUUCCGGGGCCCCAGACAGCAUAGCGGAUGCCAUUUUGAUCAGCAUUAAUUAUAUUACCCUCCUUUAAUUCUUAAUGGAGUCCAGUAUCAGCUGUUCCAAAAUUUUUGCCAGGAUCAUUGUCAUUCUGUAAAGUCUUGUAAUUACCUGGGUGAUCGAAUUUACUAUUUUAAAAUACUGUCACAACAUUAUCUUUCUUCCAAUCCUCUGGAAGUUCGCCAGUGUUCCAAGAGUUACUAAAAAUCAGGUACUGGACAUUACUGAUCCAGAUUGCUCCUGGGCCAACACUUUUAAAACCCUUGGAUGUAUUUUACUCAGACCUGCAGAUAUCAAAAUGUGUAACUUCAAUAGUUGCUAUUUAACAUCCUCCUGAGUUACUGUUAGAAUGGAAAGUAUUUAUGUCAUCAUCAUGUGGCUUUUUCCCAGAUACAGAACAGAAAUAUUUGACAGCUUCUGCAUUUAUUAUUGACAACCCUAUCAUUUUCAUCUUGUAAUGGACCAACUCUAGGAUUCUUUGUAAUCUUAAUAUACGUAAACUCGUGAUUGUUGACACUUCUUGUGUCCUUUUGUUUCCCUUAUUAGUUUUCUGCAGUUCCUAACUUCUAAAUUAUAUUCAUUCCUGUCAGCUUCCCCAUUUUUCCAUUAAAAAAAUGUAACUGCCCUCACUUCUCCUUCAAGACAGGAUAGCCUUUUCUUCUCAUCACAGAAUGUAAGAAUGAAAAAAAAAAAUCCCUCCGUGUAAAAUUGUUCCCUAUGGUGAAUUUGCUAAUGUUUGUCCAGACUAGUUUUAAGUGUCCCAUAGGAGACUAUUAUGGAGCCUUAGAUGUCAGUAUAGGGAAUCUUUCUUAGAUUAAUCCUAAAUUUUACCUUCCUUAAUUUCAGCACAUUAAUCUUAGCUAAACUCCCCUUAGCUAUGCCUCCCUCAUACCACAACAAACAAUUCCUGUUCCCCUUUGAUGUUGUCUCCCUUCAAAUAUUUGUAAAUUUAUAUGCUCCCCAUCCUUGUGCUAAAUUUACAUAUCGUUAGCUUUUUAAAUCUGUCCUCAAAAUCCAGUACCCAGAUCAUUUGUUGCUCUUUUCUGGACUCUCUCCAAUGUAUUAAUAUCUUUCUGGUAUUGAGGUGUCCAGAACUGAAGGCAGAGUUUCCAGAUACAGUUGCAUUAGAACCAGAGAGAAGGGAACUAUUACCUUUUUCACUCAUAAUGUGCUGCCCCUGCAUAUGCAAUUAAAAAUAGCCUUGGGAAAACUAAAUUGCAAAUUCUUGUGUAAUUGGUUGUCUAUUAUGAUUCCUAGUACACUUUUAGUAUGACAUCUUUACAGGUUUCUCUUUCCUAUUGAGUAUCUCUUAAAAAUUAUUUCCCCCAGAUUAUGGAUUAGUUUAAACUCUUGUGUAUACCUUGUAUCAUUUCUCUGUUCUGAGUACCGUUUGUAAAUGAGGGCCAGAUCCUGUUACUCCUCUUCAUGUAAGUAGUUCCAUUAAUGCAGGCUUUUCUCUGAAUUCCGUCUACUAUUUUUUCUUUCUUUGUUUCUACUAUUGAGAUGCCCAGAAUUGAAAUCAGUAUCGUAGGUGUAGUCUUAUCAGGAGCCACAUUGACUUAAUGCUACUUCACGUUCAGCCCAAUAUUCCAUUAGUUUGGCCCUGCCAUAUCCACAGAUGCCAGUUGACAAAAGCAGGCAGAUAGCACGCUACUUUGUGAACACAGCUAGUCUACAUGAAAAUGUGCUCGUACUACAGUUACCUCAUCCUCCGUCUCCCCUUCCCUACCUCUUUGUUUGUUCAGGCACUCCUCAUAUCUUGUCAUUAACCUAAAUUUCAUUUUUUUUUAGGGCUGGGACUAUCUUUCCUGUGUUGUUACAGUGCCUAACACAGGGGUCGGCAACCUUUCAGAUUCACUCUAAUUUAAGGUUUCGCAUGCCAGUAAUACAUUUUAACAAGGUCUCUUUCUAUAAGUCUAUAAUAUGUAACUAAACUAUUGUUGUAUGUAAAGUAAAUAAGGUUUUUAAAAUGUUUAAGAAGCUUCAUUUAAAAUUACAUUAAAAUGCAGCUCUUAUCAGUUUAGUGUGAUCCAUGCCCUUGGAUUUCAUUGCUGAGUUUUCCAAUGUCUGGCACGUAUUUGGAUACUUAUAGCUGCACACAGGCUUCUGAGUGAUCAGUUGUUAACCGGCUCCAAGAGGGACAGAGAACAGAUUUUGUGUGUGAAAAUACCUGUUCACACAGGUAUGUGGAUCCAAAUGCUGAAAGCAUUGCAAAUGCAAUUUUCUUCAAACAGUUAAAUUUCACUGGCAGGGACGUCCAGCAGGUUAGAACAGAGGUCCCAUGAUCUUUCUCGGUAGCUGCAAGUGCACUCCGCAGAUCUCCAAACUUUGAUGCCCACAAUUCUGAGCUUUUUAACUGAAUGAGCUGCAUUUCGAAAUCUGCAACACCCAUCCACUGAAAUACAGACAAAUCCAAGUUGCUGUCAUUUAACUUUUCAGGUUUAAUUAGAAAAGAAAGCAUUGGGCCAAAUUGCUGGAAAUCUUGAAAUCUGUCAGAAAAUUCUGAUUCCAGUUCUUGCACGUACAUUCUAAUCUCAACAUCAAACGCAGUGCGCUGUUCCACGUGGCGUGAUAGUGAUGUAAGCAACAAAUCAGGACUUAAAAAUAUCCCAGUACAGUGGCGCUGGAACAAUUUUUAAGGUGGGGGUGCUGAGUUGUGCCCCCUCUUGCCCCUGUCUGCACCCUUCCCUGCCCCAGGCUGGGGCCAGUGGGCCACAGCUGGGGGUGGCUGCAGGCUGGUGGCCGGGGGCCGGCGGGCAGAACCCUGGCUGGCAGGGGGCUGGUGGCCGGUACCCCAGACCAGCAGGGGAGUGGCCAGGACCCGGGCAGUGUGAGUGCCACUGAAAAUCGGCGUGCCAUAGUUUGCCUACCCCUGACCUAACAGAAUGGGUCACAUGUCCCUGAUUGGGGCCUCUAAAUACUACUGUAAUAUAAAUUGCAGUCCAUUAUCACCACUAGGUCUGUCUCCCCACAUUAUCUGUUCUCAUAUGCAAUUAUAAAUUUUAUAUAGUAUAUAUAAAGGUCUCUAUAUCCACAGUGUCUGUGUGUUUGGAUGAAUGUUUUGUGUUUAACCGUAUUAUAACUUUUUACAUUAGCAUUAUCAUCACAUGAAAAACUGUUGGGUUGGAAGACUGAAAAACUACACAAUUAUUAAAAUAUAAAUAAGAAUGUGUAAUUAAAUACAUGCAUAGUUAAAUUCUUAUUUUAGUUCUAAUUUAUAGAUGAAUGCUGGGGCCAGAUUUUCUGUGGGUAUUACUCUUAAUUCUGUGUGCCAAAACAGAAGCUGAUGCUGCACAUUUCAAGUGUUCUUGAAAAUUUCUGCUUUUCCUCAGUUCUGUGCUUAACAGUCUUUUUGUGGGUUACCCAUCUCCUUUAAACUAGGGGGCACAACCCAAUUUGUCAUUCCUAUAUUUGGGAUGGACCAUUCCACUUAAACCACCAGAUGGUUGUAUUCCCAAAGCUAUAACAGUAUCAUGAAAAAUUACUAAAUAUUAAACCUACUAACUAAAAUUUGGCAAUUUUCUUUAAAUGUUAACCUUACAGUAGAAGGGAGAAAUAGCUUUUGAGAAACCAAAUCAGUAUUAUGUCUGGAAUAUGGAAUUAGAAAAUACAGAAAUCAGGAGAACAGAAAUUAGACCCCAAAAUGUGUUUGCUCUCUGUUUCUGCAUAUAUUAGUCCUUACUCUGUGAUACAAACUCCUGAAAUAUCACAAAGGUGGGAGCCAUUUUGACUCAAAAAUAUCUUAGAAAAAAUUUGCAUUACUAAGAGACUACAGAUUACAAUGCUGUUCUCCUGAAUGGUUCAUUCAUGGAUGAGGAGAUCUGUCUUUUCAUGAGACCUAGAAUUUCUUACAUUGUAUCCACAAACUUAGUCUAGUAUGCUGUAAUAUCUCAGGGAGGAAGACUGGUUUUCCAGCAUACAUGUCUUGGUCUCUAUGCUGCUAUUAAAGAUAACAAGCUUGCUUUCUGUACCU